CUCAUCUGAGGCUCAGGUAAGAGGGCCCGGGUUGGAAGGUGGCACACCCAGGGGGGAACGCGGAGAGAGCAGGACACAGCAAUGGAUACGGCCAGGAGAGCAGACACACAGCCAAUGAUGUGGACCGCCAGAUGGCUGCUGCUGCUACCGCUACUGCUGUGUGAAGGAGCGCAAGCCCUGGAGUGCUACAGCUGCGUGCAGAAGGCGGAUGAUGGGUGCUCUUCACACAAGAUGAAGACAGUCAAAUGUGGUCCCGGAGUGGACGUCUGUACGGAGGCCGUGGGGGCGGUGGAGACCAUCCACGGGCAAUUCUCUGUGGCAGUGCGGGGCUGCGGUUCCGGAAUCCCCGGCAAGAACGAUCGCGGACUGGACCUUCACGGGCUCCUGGCCUUCUUUCAGCUACAGCAGUGCACCGAGGACCGAUGCAACGCCAAACUCAACCUCACUUUGCGAGGCCUCAACCCUGCAGGCAAUGAGAGUGCAUAUGAGCCCAACGGUGCAGAGUGCUACAGUUGUGUGGGGCUGAGCCGCGAGAAGUGCCAGGGCACUAUGCCCCCUGUCGUAAACUGCUAUAACGCCAGCGGCCGCGUCUACAAAGGCUGCUUCGAUGGUAACGUCACCUUGACGGCAGCCAAUGUGACCGUGUCCUUACCUGUCCGAGGCUGCGUCCAGGACGAGACCUGCACCCGGGAUGGCGUCACUGGUCCAGGGUUCACACUCAGCGGCUCCUGCUGCCAGGGUCCCCGCUGUAACUCUGAUCUUCGCAACAAGACCUAUUUCUCCCCUCGAAUCCCACCCCUAGUCUUGCUGCCUCCUCCAACCACCCCAGCCCCACCCACUCGGGCCCAGAACUCCUCCGGCACGACCUCUACAACAGCCUCAACCAUGACCACCUCCACAGUCAAGCCCACCACAGACCAAGCCAGCCACACUUCUCCCCAUGAAACAGAACGCGAAGUCAUACCGGAAGAUGGGUCGCGGUUGAGUGGAGGUGCUGUGGGCCACCAGGACCGCAGCAAUAUGGGGAAGUCUCCGGGAAAAGGUGAGGCCCAAAUCCCAGCUAAAGGAGGCUCUGGCACGCUGGGGGCCUGGUUGUCAGCAGUUCUGUUGACUGUGGUUGCUGGCGCGAUGCUGUGAACGCCUCAUCUCGAAUCCUCCAUCUCACCUUGUUUCCCUGGCCCCGUGGUACCAACUCUUCCCAUUUCUCACUUGACUGGACUGGCUCCGCCCCCAUCCUCCAGCAUCCCCAGGUCCAACUGCACUGGUUUGCAGCUUCGGGAAACAGUCUACUGUUGUAAAUACUCCGCUGGCGUGGCCUUACUUUUUUUGAUGUGGCCACAACAUUCCCCCUGAUGGUGACCUGGACAGAGGAAGAGAAAUCUACUGCUGAGAGAGGCCUGGAGAGUCUACGGCAAGCCUCCUCUUCCCGUUUUCCUGACCAGGCUGGAAGACAGCCAGGCAGGUGGACAAUGGAUUCAUCCUCUGAGCGCUGCGUUUGCCGGGCAUCUGUGCAGGAAUCUGGUCGCUUGUCUUCCUUAGAAGACUGAACAACUCCACGACAGGGUCUCGCCUCUGGCCUCUCUAUGUGUUCUGUCUGCCACAGGAAAGUGUCAAUAAAGAUUUCGUUACUUUGUA